CCCCUACAGGGCCAUGAGCUCCCUGGGGGGGACUGGGUGACUGGCUGGCUGGCUGUGGCCGGAGCCUUGUUUCCUCCAAAAUGCUGACUUGUGUGGGAAGGUCACAUUCUGCCGUCCUGCUGAGAAGUCACAUGCCGUGCGGGCCUGUCUUGGGGACCUCGCCUCCCACUCCUUCUCCACAUCUGGGCUCCCCUCCUCUAGGGGCCCAGAGUGAGGCUGGAACCACACUCAGGACAGGGCUCACCUGCGCCGGGAGCAAGGGUGUGCUGUGCUUCACUGUCAGAGGCAGCCUGUGAGUGUUCCAAAGCAUGGGUUCUGGUGUUGGAAGUAAAGUAGUUAUCUUAGGCUGUCCCCUUCUCCGGGUUAAUCCAAGGGGGUCUCCAGGACGGACUUCAGAUCCACGUCAAUGGCAAGGUUCUUUACUCCAGUGGAACCAGGUGGUGGUGAACGGGAGCCCCUUUGUGCAGUACUCGCACCGCGUGCCCUGGCGUCACGUGGACACCAUUUCCGUGGCCGGUGCUGUGCAGCUGUCCUACAUCAGCUUCCAGAACAGUCGUGCAGCCCCUGUCCAGCCUGCCUUCUCCACGGUGCAAUUCUCCCAACCUGUCCAUUUCCCACCCAGGUUCAAGGGGCGCAAACCGAAACCUCCAAGCAGAUGGCCGGCCAACUCGGCCCCCAUCACUCAAACGGUCAUCCACACAGUGCAGAGCGUCCCUGGACAGAUGUUCCCAAAUCCUACAAUCCCACCUAUGGUGUACCCCAACCUGUCCUACCCAAUGCCCUACUUCACCAGCAUCUCAGGUGGGCUGUACCCAUCCAGAACCAUCAUCGUGUUGGGCACUGUCCUGCCCAGCGCACAGAGGUUCCACAUCAACCUGCGCUCUGGGAGCGACAUCGCCUUCCACCUGAACCCCCGUUUCAAUGAGAACACUGUGGUCCGCAACACCCAGAUCAAGGGCUCCUGGGGGUCGGAGGAGCGCAGCCUGCCCCGGGCAAUGCCCUUCAGCCGGGGCCAGAGCUUCUCGGUGUGGAUCAUGUGUGAAAGCCACUGCCUCAAAGUGGCCGUGGAUGGGCAACACCUGCUUGACUACUGCCACCGCCUGAAGAACCUGUGUGCCAUCGACAACCUGGAAGUGGCCGGUGACAUCCAGCUGACCCACGUGCAGACAUAGGCAGGACCCCUGGCUCUGGGGACGAGGGCUGGGGCGUGAUGCUGUUUGGAUCUCCUCAUCGCUCACCUCCACCUUCCCUGGCCGGCCCCUGUCCCAGCCCUUCUCACCCUGCCUGUGACCUGGAGCUUUUCUGGUCCUGCUCGUAGCUGCAGCCAGCCUGGAGGGGACAAGGCAGCUGGCAGGGACCGCCUUCCCCAGCCAGGACAGCACCCAGGACUCUAGCUGCCCACAUCCUGCCACCCGAGGGGAGGGUCGCAGCUGGGGGUGGAAGGGCUCUGUGCAGGCUGAGGUUCGUGUUCAGUCAUCUCAGCAGAGAGGGCGGGUCCUGAGCCUUCCUAGGCUCCCAGCUCAGGCCUGCACCUCAUCCUUCUCCCAACCACAUUCCUGUCCCCCCAUCAGCUCCACCCCAGGCCCCAAGCCAUCAGCUGUCCCCGGCAGGUGGGAGGUGGUCUCUUCAGCCCCUCUCUUUCUCCACCCUUUAACCUUACUGUGUCAGUCUGCACCAACACUUCACACACACACACACACACACACACACACACACCGGACAGCUACCCUGAUGACAUCUCCUGACCUCCAUCCAAUUGCCCUGAACUUUCUCAGCAGGGCCUUUUCCCUUCCCAGUGUCCUUGAAAUGAGUAAAUAAAUAAUUAAAUAAAUCGUAA